AUGCAUAUCUGGGGUGGUAAAGCUGAGGCAAAAGUUUACAAUCCAAACUUGGGAAAAUUGGAUCCCAAGACUGUGAGUUGUAGGUUUAUGGGAUAUGCAGAGAGAUCAAAGGGUUUUCAUUUCAAUUGCCCCAACUAUACCAAUAGAGUUGUUGAGACAGGAAAGGCUAAGUUUCUAGAGUAUGAUGAGGACAGUGAAGGGGCAAACAAGAAUUUUACUUUUGAUGAAGAAGAAGAAAUAGGAGCAGAAGAUUGCAAUCCAAGCAAUAUUCCUAUCAUAACCUAUGAGUUAACUCAAACUUUGUCACAACCUAAGGCACCAAUUGAGCUUAGGAAUGAAAACCAAAAUGCUGGGGAAAUACAAGAAGAACUAAAUGAAAUGGACCUGCCCGUAGAACCACAACCACAUCAGCAAGAAAUUAAAAGAUCCACAAGAGAAAGGAGAGCUAAUACAUUGCUAGAUUUUGUUUAUUUGAAUGAGACAUAUUCUAAUGAUUGUGAUUUUAAUGACCCAAUGAGUUACAAUGAGGCUAUAACUAGUGAACAUUUUGAAAAAUGGCUUGAGGCAAUACAAAGUGAAUUGGAGUCAAUGGAAGCCAAUAAAGUGUGGGAGUUAGUUGAAUUACAGCAAUGA